CGCAACAAUAAUUUUUUGAAACUGCAUCUGGACAGUCACAUUGCGCAAUUCACUCUAUUUCUCCCAACACAUCGCCCAAUUGCCCCUUUCCUCAACCUCGAACACUUAUCAUGGCUUCCACGAAGAAAGUCGCAGAGAACAUGCUUUGGGGAGGUCGUUUCACGCAGGGCCUCGACCCCUUAAUGGAACAGUACAACUGCUCUCUCCCCUACGAUCGGCUUUUUUACGCGCAAGAUAUCGCCGGCAGCAUCGCCUUCGCGCGGGCAAACUUCAACAACGGAAUCCUCACCGCCGAUGAGUUCUCUGCGAUUGAGAAAGGGUUUGCGCAGAUAACAGAGGAAUGGAAGAGCGAUUCUUUCGUCGUUAAACAGAACGAUGAGGAUAUUCAUACGGCGAAUGAGCGGCGGUUGAGCGAGAUUGUGGGCAAGGAGAUUGGCGGGAAGUUGCAUACGGGAAGGAGUAGGAAUGAGCAGAUUGCGACGGAUAUGCGGCUGUGGUUGAGGGAGGAGUUAAGGAAGAUUGAGGGGUGGUUGGGGGAGUUGGUGAUGUGUGCGGUUGGGAGGGCGGAGGCGGAGAUUGAGGUUUUGAUGCCGGGAUAUACCCAUCUCCAAAAAGCCCAACCGGUCCGCUGGUCCCACUGGCUUCUCUCCCACGCAACAUCUUUCUCCUUUGAGCUCGAGCGCCUCCGCGAAGUCAUCAAGCGCGUCAACCGCUCACCUCUCGGCUGCGGUGCCCUGGCCGGCAAUCCCUUCAAGAUCGACCGCGAAGCCAUGGCCAAAGAACUUGGCUUCGACGGCCUGCUCUACAACUCGAUGAACGCGGUCGCGGACCGCGACUUCGUCUUCGAAACCCUUCAAUGGGGCUCUAGCUUCAUGCUGAAGAUUUCUAGAUGGGCAGAAGACCUGAUCAUCUACUCGAGCCUAGAGUUCGGAUUUGUGCGACUUGCGGAUGCGUAUUCGACGGGCUCAUCGCUCAUGCCGCAGAAGAAGAACGCAGAUUCUCUGGAAUUGUUGCGAGGGAAGUCUGGCCGUGCGUUCGGGCAUAUGGCGGGUUUGUAUUGCACCAUUAAAGGCCUACCGACGACAUACAACAAGGACUUACAGGAAUCUGUCGAGCCGCUCAUUGACCAUAUGAAAACUGUCGGGGACAGCAUUCAGAUCGCUACCGGCGUGCUCUCUACUCUGACGAUCAACCCGGAGAAAAUGUUCGCAGCCUUAGCACCCGAAAUGCUGGCUACAGAGUUUGCGGAUUAUUUAGUAAGAAAGGGUGUCCCGUUCAGGGAAGGCCAUCAUAUUUCUGGCAGGGUGGUUGCACUUGCUGAACAAGAGGGUGUCCCAAUGGAUAAGCUGAGUUUAGAGCAAUUGAAGGGUAUUGAUGCCAGGUUGGGUGAUGAUGUAAUUGAGUGCUUGGAUUACGAGCGCGCGGUGGAAUUGAAGGAUGCGACGGGCGGAACGAGUAAGAGUGCGGUUAGAGAGCAGAUUGAGGUUUUGAAGAAGACCCUCUCUGCGAAAUAAAGCAGCAAGGAAAGCGGGGUUACUUGGAGGGGGGAAAUGGGAGGGGAUUAUUGGGAUUAUCGGGUGAUGUGGCGUUUAGAGCGAUAAAAGUUUGCAGAGUUCUGGUG